AUGUGGGAUGAAAGACUGAAUUGCGAGGCUUUUUGUUGCCUACAGUUCCAAACUAUUAUAGAACCUCCCUUCUCUUUUCUGUUUUCAAAGAGCAAACCCAAUCGUGGUGACUCCGACUCAGAAAUAGACCCAAACACCCGACUUUACAACCCAUACCAAGACCUUAACCUUCAAGUUCCCGUAAACAACCUUUACAAGCUGCCGACCUCCCCGGAGUUCCUCUUCGCCGAGGAAUUCCUCCGCCAGCGCCGUUCUUGGGGCGAAAAUCUAACCUUUUACACGGGUUCCGCUUAUUUAGGCGGCUCCGUAAGCGCCGCAUCCGUCGGGCUCUUCUCGGCGCUCAAGAAUUUCGAGCAAGGCGAUACAUUGAAGCUGAAAAUCAAUCGGAUCUUGAAUAGUUCGGGUCAAACGGGUCGGUCAUGGGGGAACCGUAUCGGGGUGGUGGGCUUGAUUUAUGCGGGGAUGGAGAGUGGGGUGAUUGCAAUGACUGAUCGCGAUGAUGUCUGGAGUAGUGUGGCGGCGGGUAUCGCAACCGGAGCUGUUUGUCGGGCUGCGAGAGGGGUGAGGUCUGCUGCGGUUGCCGGUGCGCUUGGUGGGUUGGCGGCUGGAGCAGUGGUUGCCGGGAAGCAAGUGCUGAAGAGAUAUGUGCCGAUUUAAAAAAUAAAGGAGCAAUUUUCAGUGAGUGGAUAUGUCCUUAAAUUGAAAAUUUUGAUGAUGGUGGAUUAACUGGUAUUGGAGAAAUUUAAUUCGUCUAAUAUGUGAAGUUCAUGUCACGAAUAAG